CGGUUGGUCAUAUAUCUGUUGUGUUAAAACCAUGAGCAAGCGGAGACGCGACGCGGAGGAUCGCAGAGAGUCAAAGAAGGCGAAGAAGAGCCACAAGAAGCAUAAGAAGCACAAGGCGUCCAAGCAUGACUCGCCAGAGGCGACGAUUACAAUCGACGACUACUUUGAGCGCGCCAAAGAGUUCCGCGUGUGGCUCAAGCUCGAGAAGAACGUGUGCUUUGACGACUUGACGUCCACCGACGCGAUGACGUACUUUGACAAGUUUGUGACCAAGUGGAAUGCGAACCGACUGGAUUCGAUGUACUACACAUCCAUUCCACAGCAUAUUCUUGAGAGCAUCCAGCGCACCCAGCACAAGUGGGGGUUCAAGAUGAACGAGCACGAGCGGUUGGAACUCGCAUCGAUGAAGGACUCGGUCGACAUCUCGACGAACACAGCUCCCGGUGCGACGUCGUCGGCGGCGAUGGGAUCGACUGGCCAUCGUUCUGCCACUGCCAUAGUAUCUCGCCGCGACAUUCCCGAUUGCGACUCGGACGAAGAGCGGAAGCGGGCGAAGCGAGAAAGGAAGGCGUAUGCGAAGCACAAAGAGAUGGUGCACGAGGAGCUGGCACCAAAACCGACGGGCAGAGAGGCCACGAUUGAGAAAAAGCGACAAAUCGCUGCAAGCGUGCACGGGGCUGCGCGACAGAAGGAGGAUGCAAAGGAUGGGUUGAACCUCAGCGACGAUUUCUUGAUGGGUGGCUCGGACGACUUUCAGGCACGCCUCCAACGCCGCAAGUAUGCGCAGGACCGACGAGCCGAUGAAAUGAAUCAACGGGUGGCAGCAGCCAAGGACGCGGAAGCCGCGCGCAUGCAGAAGUUCCUGGCGGACAUGGGAAUUUAACCAGGUCAAGAACGGAUUCAGAUUGCCCCACGACAAUAAAGUCUCCAAUGGGAGAUCCAUGUCGGGUCACGGGAGCGCUCUAUCGUCCAUGCAUCGUGUCCGCAGCAACUCUUGAUGAAAUGUAAACACGAAACCAGCGCCCACUUGCUGCCCUUUGAACACAGCGACACUGUCGUCACGUAAUUCUCACAGUUCGACCCAUCCUUGUCGUUUAUCUGAGCGGCAUUGAAGUCCGUGGGCCGGUCAAGGUACCGCUGGAUCGUCGAGCACGCUGUGUCGUGGAAUGGAUUGCCUUGGAUUUGAAUACACGCGCUUGCUCA